AUGGCCAGCAGGCCGGCCCCGCUGGAGGAGGCCCCGGGGCUGUCUCCCAGACGCGCCCCCGCCGGCCCGACGCCCCCCCGGCGAAGGGGCAUCGCGGCCCGGCGGCCCCUGUGGGUGGUGUACCUGGCCCUCUUCUGCAGGCUGGGCGCCGCCGACUCGGAGUUUUCCAUCUUGGACGAGGCGCAAGUGGUGGCCACUCAGAUGAGGAAGCUGGCCGCCGAGGAGCUGGGCGUCGUGACCAUGCAGCGAAUAUUCAACUCCUUUGUGUACACAGAAAAAAUCUCAAAUGGAGAAAGUGAAGUUCAGCAGCUAGCAAAAAAAAUCCGGGAAAAAUUUAACCGUUACUUGGAUGUGGUAAAUCGAAACAAGCAUGUAGUGGAAGCAUCGUAUACUGCUCAUUUGACAUCACCCCUGACUGCAAUUCAAGAUUGCUGCACCAUUCCACCUUCUAUGAUGGAGUUUGAUGGAAAUUUCAACACAAAUGUGUCUAGAACUAUUAGUUGUGAUAGGCUGUCUACCACUGUGAAUAGCAGAGCAUUCAAUCCUGGGCGUGAUUUAAAUUCCGUUCUUGCUGACAAUCUGAAAUCCAAUCCAGGAAUUAAAUGGCAGUACUUUAGUUCAGAAGAAGGUAUUUUUACUGUGUUUCCAGCACACAAAUUUCGAUGUAAAGGCAGUUAUGAACACCGUAGCAGGCCUGUCUACGUCUCUUCAGUUAGACCUCAGUCUAAACACAUAGUUGUCAUUGUGGAUCACGGAACUUCAGUUACAGAGACACAGCUCCAGAUUGCCAAAGAUGCAGCCCAAGUUAUUCUGAACUCAAUAGAUGAACAUGAUAAGAUUUCUGUGUUAUCCGUGGCAGACACAGUAAGAACCUGCUCCUUGGAUCAGUGCUAUAAGACAUUUCUGUCUCCUGCCACCAGUGAGACUAAAAGGAAAAUGUCCACUUUUGUUAACAAUAUAAAGUCAUCUGACAGCUCUACUCAGCAUGCAGCAGGAUUUCAAAAAGCAUUUCAGUUGAUAAGAAAUACAAACAACAGCACAAAACCACAAGCAAAUACAGAUAUGGUCAUAAUUUACUUAUCAGCUGGAAUAAUAUCAAGGGAUUCAUCAGAAGAUGGUAAAAAGGCUACACUUCGUGUUAUCAAUGAAGAAAAUAGUUUCCUUAACAACUCUGUAAUGAUCCUUACUUAUGCCCUCAUGAAUGAGGGAGUGACGGGUUUAAAAGAACUGGCAUUUCUCCGAGAUCUUGCGGAACAGAAUUCAGCAAAGUAUGGCGUACCAGACCGAACCACUUUACCUGUGAUCAAGGGGAGCAUGAUGGUCUUGAACCAGCUGAGCAACUUGGAAACCACAGUGGGCCGGUUUUAUACAAAUCUCCCAAACCACAUGAUUGACGAAGCAGUCUUUAGUUUGCCUUUCUCGGAUGAAAUGGGAGAUGGUCUAAUAAUGACAGUAAGCAAACCUUGUUAUUUUGGAAACCUACUACUAGGAAUUGUUGGAGUAGAUGUUAACCUGGCAUAUAUCUUGGAAGAUGUCACUUAUUACCAAGAUUCUCUGGCUUCAUACACCUUUCUGAUAGAUAAUAAAGGCUACACUCUUAUGCACCCUUCCCUUACCAGACCAUAUUUGCUUUCUGAACCACCGCUACACACAGAUAUCAUACACUAUGAAAACAUUCCAAAAUUUGAGUUGGUUCGACAGAACAUUCUAAGUCUCCCCCUGGGCAGUCAGCUUAUUACAGUCCCUGUGAACUCCUCACUGUCUUGGCACGUAAACAAGCUGCGUGAAAUUGGGAAAGACGCCUACAAUGUGAGUUACGCCUGGAAAAUGGUUCAAGACACAUCCUUCAUUUUGUGUAUUGUUGUGAUACAGCCAGAAAUACCUGUUAGACAACUUAAAAAUCUCAACACAGUACCCAGUAGCAAGCUACUUUAUCAUCGACUGGAUCUCUUGGGUCAGCCCAAUGCUUGUCUACAUUUCAAACAACUGGCAACUUUAGAAAGUCCUACUGUAAUGCUGUCUGCAGGUAGUUUCUCUUCUCCUUAUGAACAUCUGAGCCAGCCUGAGACCAAGAGGAUGGUGGAGCACUACACAGCAUAUCUUAGUGACAAUACACGUCUCAUUGCCAAUCCUGGGCUGAAAUUCUCUGUCAGAAAUGAAGUAAUGGCUACCAGUCACGUCACUGAUGAAUGGAUGACACAAAUGGAAAUGAGUAGCUUGAACAGUUACAUUGUCCGCCGUUACAUAGCAACGCCCAAUGGGGUGCUCAGAAUUUAUCCUGGUUCCCUCAUGGACAAAGCAUUUGAUCCCACUAGGAGACAAUGGUAUCUCCAUUCAUUGGCAAAUCCAGGACUGAUUACUUUCACUGGGCCUUACUUAGAUGUUGGGGGAGCUGGCUAUGUGGUUACCAUCAGCCACACAGUUCAUUCUUCAAGUUUACAAAUGUCUUCAGGCCAUUCUGUUGCUGUGAUGGGCAUUGAUUUUACUCUGAGGUAUUUCUACAAGGUACUAAUGGACCUGUUACCAGUUUGUAACCAGGAUGGAGGCAAUAAACUAAGGUGCUUUAUUAUGGAGGACAGAGGCUAUCUUGUGGCACACCCGACCCUUAUUGAUCCCAAAGGCCACGCUCCAGUAGAACAGCAGCAUAUUACACACAAGGAACCCUUGGUCGCAAAUGAUAUCCUGAACCACCCAAACUUUGUGAAGAAAAACCUUUGUAACAGUUUCAGUGACAGAACAGUCCAGAGGUUUUAUAAGUUCAAUACCAGCCUCACGGGUGAUCUGACAAAUCUCGUGCACGGCAGCCACUGUUCUAAAUACAAGCUGACAAGAAUACCUGGGACCAAUGCCUUUGUUGGAAUAGUAAAUGAAACCUGUGACUCACUUGCCUUCUGCGCUUGUAGUAUGGUAGAUCGGCUCUGUCUGAACUGUCAUCGAAUGGAACAGAACGAAUGUGAAUGCCCUUGUGAGUGCCCUCUGGAGGUCAAUGAAUGCACUGGCAAUCUUACCAAUGCAGAAAGCAGGAAUCCUAGCUGUGAAGUCCACCAGGAACCAAUGACAUUCAGUGCAGUUGAUCUCAGUCUACAAGAUGCUCUUCCUCAGUGCAUUAAUACUCGGUGUAAUCAGAGAAUGGAAAGCGGGGAUUGUUUUGGUGUCUUAGACUGUGAGUGGUGCAUGGUGGACAGUGAUGGAAAGACUCAUCUGGAUAAAUCCUACUGUGCCCCACAAAAAGAAUGCUUUGGUGGUAUAGUGGGUGCCAAAAGUCCUUAUGUAGAUGACAUGGGAGCAAUUGGAGAUGAGGUGAUAGCUUUGAAUAUGAUAAAAAGUGCUCCAGUUGGUCCUGUAGCAGGAGGUAUUAUGGGAUGUAUAAUGGUGCUUGUUCUGGCAGUCUAUGCCUACCGUCACCAGAUCCACCGCCGAAGUCACCAACACAUGUCCCCACUUGCUGCACAAGAAAUGUCGGUCCGCAUGUCCAAUCUGGAGAACGAUAGAGAUGAGAGGGAUGAUGACAGUCAUGAAGACAGAGGAAUCAUCAGCAAUACGCGGUUUAUAGCAGCAGUGAUUGAGCGGCAUGCACACAGUCCCGAACGCAGACGGCGUUACUGGGGGCGGUCGGGAACAGAAAGUGAUCAUGGGUACAGCACUAUGAGUCCUCAGGAAGACAGUGAAAACCCUCCCUGUAAUAACGACCCAUUAUCAGCUGGCGUAGAUGUGGGAAACCAUGAUGAAGAUUUAGACCUGGAUACCCCUCCACAGACUGCCGCACUCUUGAGUCACAAGUUCCACCACUACAGGCUGCACCAUCCUGCACUUCACCACAGUCAUCACUUACAGGCGGCAGUCACAGUACAUACUGUAGAUGCGGAAUGCUAAUGGCCCUGAGGGAAAAUGCAGCUGAU